AUGCUGUCCUUCCGAGACAUGCCCAAAUCACGAUACCGAAAUGUCGAAAAGGUCCAACCGGACAGGACGAGAAGCAGCGCAUACGCCGAAAAGAAUACGGCUUUGGUUGAGGAUCCAGACACACCCAGCACCUCGCAUAUUGAUCAGUUACUCGUGACGGGUCGAGGAUUUGAGGCUGUGAAAGCAAUUGCCUCCGUCAAGGACCGAGUGGACGAGAACACAACCAUCUGCCUCAUGAACGACGGCAUGGGCGUGCUCGAGGAGGUCCGUGAAAAGAUAUUCAACGGAACAUACUCCGGGCCCACCUUCAUGCUGGGCCACAUGAGCCAUGCCCUGGUCUUCAACCGGAACCGUGGCUCUGUCAAGGAGCUCAAGGCUGGACGAACAGUCCUCACAAUGGCCGACACAGCUUUGCGGUCUCUCAAGGGCCUGCGCGCGUCACCCGAUCGAACCCUCUUGCGAUCAUUACAGCUAGCUCCUUCACUUAAGGCAUCCACAAGUCCCUACGACCGAUGGCUAAAGUUCAAGCUCCCGUCGAUGAUGUUUACGGCUGCCGUUGAGCCGGUAUGCGUGCUCCUGGAUUUACCGUACAAUGGCUUAUUGCACAACCGGUCAGCACAGAGUAUGAUGAACAAGCUUUUGGAUGAGAUGGCCACGGUAGUGGAAAACCUCCCUGAGGUCCAAGGCUCUACUGAACUGCUCAACUUUCUCCAAGGAGAAGGUCUCAAGAGGUUUUGCUAUCGCAGAAUCACAGGAAAAGCCAUGGCCCCCAGCGAGCUCGUAAAGCGGAUCGAGAAGGGCUUGCAGACAGACAUGAACUACCAGAACGGCUACUUUUUGAAGCGGGCAAAGACAUUGGGCCUUGAGAUGCCAACCAACAGGCUGAUGGUGCAGAUGGUCAAGGCCAGGCGGGCAGAGGCGAUGGAGAAGAAGAAUGCGUAUAUCCCGGUGCAGGAGGCAUCGAUAGACAGCAUCAGGCAGAGGGCGCGAUUGGAGUAA